UCACAGUACAGACUAUCUUCAAACCAAAACAAAAGAAUUUGCAAUGGAGGCGGCACAGUUGCACCCUCCACACGGAGGAGAGGAAGAACAACCGGCCCAGAGAGGCGGCGGCGUGGUGCGUUCAACAGUGGUGGAAGAGGAAGAGCAGCGUGGUCCGGGCCUGCAGGAUGAUGAUGAGCAUCAUCACGAGAAGAAAUCGGUGCUGAAGAAGGUGAAGGCGAAGGCGAAGAAGAUCAAGGACACGCUUACACACCACGCUCACGCCCACGGCCACGAACAUGACCGUGACGAUGAAGAGUCACUUGAAGAUGACGAUGAAAUGGAUGAAGACCCAGACGUCCAUGGUGGUCAUAUUGGAGGCGGUGGAGUUACCAGCACAGUUAUCCAGCACAAAGUUGUUGAUGAUUUUGGUCCUGUGCAGAAGCCAAGAGCAUAUCCGCUAACUGAUCCUGAUAAGGAUCUUUAUGGUUCAGGGCUUAAAGACGAAGGAAUUUUCCGACGGGGUGAAGAAGACGACGCCAGGCAAAAAACCGGGGGAAUCAGCCGUGUGCCUUUACAUAAGCGCCAACCACCAUUUGUGUCUGAAACUCAUCAGACUUCCGGCCAUGGCAGAGGAGAUCUUUUGCAGACUGGGGGUCUAGAGGAGGAUCCUCAUGCUCCGUCGGACCGUUCCAGGCCACCUUCUAACUACCAGAGUAAAACCUUAGAUCCAACCGGCGCCGGUGGUGAGGAGGCAAGGAUUAGUCCACUUGUGCAGUCAUUUGAAAAGAUGGAAGUUAGUGGUGAUGAGCCAAAACCAGAGCAAAAUAUAAGGCCAGAAGCAGGAACUCACCACAAACUUUACACAGGAAGCCAUGACCAAUUUGCUCCGGAGCCAGUGGCUACUAAUGUCUAUACAUCUUCAGAAGACACUGAAUCCAUCCCCAAGAGCUUUGAUCCCAGCAAACCCGAAAACCUUCCCCGUGAUCCAAUCGAUGAGAAUCCACUGCAAGAAGGCAGCUAUGCAGCAGUGAAAACACAAGGAGCACAUGAGGCAGCCUCCCCGGUAGACUAUGCCAAAACCGCGGCCAUGGCAGUGGCUGAGAAAUUGGCUCCAGUCUAUGAGAAGGUUGCGGGUGCAGGGAGCGCUGUGAUGGAGAAACUCCCCAUAGCCUCGAGCGGAGAGGGAGAAGGGAAGAGUGUUACGAGCACAGUGAAAGAGAAGUUGGCACCGGUUUAUGACAAAGUAGCGGGUGCAGGAAGCACGUUGAUGUCGAAAGUGCAGGGCCCUGGAACAGGGCAGGCAGUGGUCGUAGAAGGGAACGAGGAAGGGAACGAUGUUAGAACUGAUAAAGGAGUGUCGAUAAAGGAGUUCUUGGCUGAGAAACUUAAGCCUGGAGAGGAAGAUAAGGCACUGUCAGAGAUGAUUUCAGGCACAUUGCUGUCAAGGCAGAAGGAGGAAACAGUAGUGGAGAGCAAGCCAGUUGGUAAAGUGACAGAAUCUGAGGAAGUUGCAAGGCGAUUGGGGCCGAUUGGCGAUAGCCCAAGGGAAGGCAGUGAAGAGAAGGGCAUGGUGGAUAUGCUUAAAGGUGCAGUUAAUUCAUGGCUUGGCAGAGAAGACACCACAAAUGUAAGAAAUGAAGAAGUUGGGCAUCAGAGUGCAGUGGGAGAGAGAAGACUUGAGCAUCAGAAUGCAAUGGGAGAGGGAAGAUCCAGACUUCAAGAAUCUGGGCAUUGAAGAACUAUAUAUAGAGAGUGUGAAAAGGGUUUUGAUUUUCUUGUUCAGUGGUUGUGUUAUAACUUAUAAUUAUAUACCCUAGUAGAUGUCAUAUUUGUGUUUGGUGGAUCAUGCAUAUAGCAUAUAAGGUUUUACUCUGUAAUAAAAAUGUUGACAUGGUGUGAGAAUGUAUUUCAUCUUUGUUUGACAGAA